AAAUCACAAAACCUAGAGACCAGAAACGGCGUCAUUUGAGUCUUCGUCUACAGCCUCUCUGCGCUCUCGUACUUUGAGCUCAGUUGAAUCACCAAACACUACCAGUCGUUUCUCUAUUGCGAAAUUUGGUCUUUACUGAGAAUGGCCACGUCAUCAUCUUCAACCGAGGUGGUUACAGAGCGCAGAGGAAUACCUGGAGCUCAGUUCGUAGAAGAUGUGCAGACCUAUCUCACUCAAACUGGCUUCGACUGUAACUCUGCCCUCGCUUUUCUCCAAGAAAGACUUCAGCAAUACAAAAUGGUUGAAAUGAAGCUUCAAGCUCAACAAAGGGAACUUCUGGCAAAGAUUCCUGACAUUGAGAAGUGCUUAGAUGUUGUUGCCACUUUGCAAGCUAAGAAGGGUACUGGUGAGGCACUUAUUACUGAUUUUGAGAUCUGUGAAGGGAUAUAUUCACGAGCUAGCAUUGAGGACACUGAUUCAGUAUGUUUAUGGCUGGGAGCAAAUGUCAUGCUGGAGUAUUCAUGUGAAGAGGCUACUGCUCUUCUACGAAAGAAUUUAGAUAAUGCUAAAGCCAGUUUGGAAGUUCUUCUUGCUGAUCUACAGUUCUUGAGAGAUCAAGUAACAAUUACCCAGGUAACAAUUGCUCGGGUGUACAACUGGGAUGUUCAUCAGCGCAGACUCCGACAAGCUUCCCCUUCUGCCAUGGAAUCUUGAGUUGAAUCGUCACUACCUCCCUGUUGGCAGUACGUUUCAAUUCCAAACUCUCUCCACAUAAUAUUGAUCGUCAUCUUAUUUGUGGGAAUUGUAUCUCUUCAAAAUUCGCUCGCCAAGUUCCGUAUACCAUCUAUUGUGGUGGUAGAAUAUGCUAUAUCAUUAUAGGACCAGUUUUGAUACAUGAUGGAAUAUGAUCAGCUUGUUAUUUAGCGUGUGCAACUUGCUUUAGUUUUAGAUUGAUGGCAAUGCGUUUGUUGUGUAAGCGAUUUGUUACUCCAGUUCUUGUCUUAAUCUAAUUUGAUCCUCCAUGUUUCCUGAU